AUGGAUGCACCACGAGCACCGGUAAAACAUGCCAGAGUGUAUCAGGCCUGUGAGCCUUGCCGUUUAAAGAAGGUCAAGUGCAACCUGGGCUCUGUCGACAGUCCAGCGGACCCACCCUGUGCACGGUAUUCGCACUCUUUCCUCCUCCGAAACAAGAGGCGAAAGCAUACCGCGGGCUCGCCCGACUCAGCUCCUCCAAGGCACGAUAGUGACACUGCCCGACCCCGGGGUGAAGACUCGACCCAGAAUAAUAGCACACAGGAUGACCAUCGCACCGACUCUCCGGCAAUCCGAGCCAGAUCUUCAGAGGACUUGGUACACGAUGUGGCAUAUACAGAGGAAGACGCGCUGAAACUACUUUACCGAGCUGGAACUACUAGUACAGUCAAAGAUGUUCACAGCCCCGGACUACAACGUGACGGCAAGCCCAGCGCAGAUCAAAACCUAUCAACAUCUCCCAAUGUCCCUGAUCUCUCGGUCGGGAGGGAGCAAGCACUCGAAGCUUGGUCACAUGUACGUUUCAUCCGCGACGGUCUAUUCUCAGCGGAGGAAGCUCUGUUCUACAUCGAGUCUUUUUAUGAACAUCUCGAGCCAUUUACUCCAAUAUUGUCAGUUGACUUCAGGCCCCCGAAGAAACAUCAAGAGCUCAUCGAAGACAAUCCGAUCCUCGCUCUCACGAUGCUAAUGCUCGCCUCUCGUUACUCGGAUCUGCCAGGCUCAGGCCACGUGUCUCGACGUUAUAUCAUCCAUGACCGCCUCUGGGAUGCCUUGCAAACAAUGAUAAUGCGAAUAUUCUGGGCGCAGGAUUCCUGUUCCAGCGCGACAUUGCAAAACAAAUCAAACGGUCUCCGAACCUUGGGGACAUCUGAAGCUCUGCUUGUCCUGACAGAAUGGCACCCGCGGUCACUUCAUUUCCCCGUUGGAGGAGAUGGAGCUCAUAUCUUGACAAAUAAGCCGAUGUUCAACAGCAACUCCUUCACAUAUAAGAACCCGGUAUUUUGGCUUGAAUGGUCCUGGCGUUCUGAUCGUAACUGCUGGUCGCUUCUCGGGAUGGUCUACACACUGGCCUUUGAGCUAGGACUGUUUGAUGACUGUGAUGAUACGACCUUGGGAGCCCGCGAAACGACCAAUCGAAGUUGGGAGAACCCGGAAUUUAAGAAACGAGCUUAUCGAAUCCGCCAAUACUUAUGGAUAUCUUCUACUCAAAUGUCGGGAAGGCUAGGCUGGAAAUAUAUCGCCCCAAAUAAUCUACCCGAAAGCCCGGAGCUUAUGAGGGAUGAUACCACUAGGAUGUGGACCGGGCUUGCAACUCUGAUGAGGAAGGGUAAUGAGCUCCUCUUCAAGUCUCGGCAGCACACCAAGCACAUCAUCCAGAAUGGCCUUUACAUUGGCCUGUUAUAUACAUUUCAAACUAGCCUCCAAGAGUGGCAAGAGGAGUUUGUCAAAGCCAAGGUAACUCGACACAUGCGCAUAAUGCUUGCCAUUGACUUCAAUUUUAUGCGAGCAUAUUUCAAUAGCUUAGCCGCCCAGGCUAUCGUUGAGAGCAAACGUAAUGGAAAUACACCGCUACGUCGAGGUAAUGAGGAUUGUGUGACAGAGAUAAUCGACGGUGCAAGGUCCAUCUUGAACCAUGUUCUGCAAGACCUCCUUCCAGAUGGAAGCCUGAAGUUUAUUCCCAUACGCACCUACUUUCGGGUCUUAACAGCCACACUGUUUCUACUGAAGACAGAUCAUUUGGAUGUGGCCGCCUUGACGCGUCACGAGUCAUCUUUGUCAUUAAUUGCGCGGGUCGGUAACGCCUUCCAGACAUGCUCGCCAGAUGAUGCUCAUCUAAGUUCAAGAUGGGGCCUCCUUCUCGCCACUUUGUCUUCUACGCAUAAUGGCCACUCAAUAAAGGCCCAUAAAGCGGCCGUUCAGCUGGGGAAUAAUAAUAACGCGGAGCAAAACAAAGCAUCAUCCCAUACGAAAGUAAUCAAUGAAAGAGCCGGCAGCCACGCCAUCGAGAUUCAAGAUAAUCUUUUUUUGGAGAACUUGGACACGUUAGACUGGCUUCUGUUUCCCGCAGGCUUUAUGGAUAGCGCGCCUUCGGAAGGAAGUUUUGAGGCGGUGCAACCGGCAUGGGAUAUGAUGAACCAACAGAUGGAUCUCGGAAUGCAUUUUUCUGAGUUUCCAUAG